UGCAGUGAAAUCUGAUUUCUUUUGGAGAAAGGAAUGAGGUAAGAUUAACUGAAUCUGCCGUCCUCCCUAACCUCUUCACAAAACUGCCCAGAUUAGCUUGGAAUUAAGUUUCAACCGUUUUAUGUGUCUGGUCCAUAGAGGGAUUAUAGUUUUACUUUUUUUUUUUUUUUUUUUUGCCUCCCAAUUUCACUAUAAGGGUCUGACACACUGUUGUAGAGAGAAGAGACGGAGAAGAGAAGCUGAGGCUGAACUAUCAAAAAGAGCCGUGUGUCGAUAUCCCAGACGUUGUUAUACUGGAGAUACUUUGGAGAUGGAUGGACUAAUCAGGGUGGAGAAACAAAAGUUUCCUUUCACUAUUGAAAACAUUCUGAGAAAAUACCCCAACAGUAAUGGGGACAUACAGUCAUGUGGAACAAGUGGUGCUGGACUAAAAGAAAAGGCAAUGAGUCCUGCUGGAGGCCAGACAGAGACUGUUCAUCACGCCUGCCUGUACUGCUGCUACUGCUCCCACUGUGGAGACGUAUUCCAGACUGAUUUCAUGCAUGAAGAUCUCCUGCCUGCUGCCUGUCAGUAUGGAUGGGCCACAGCGAUGCUCUCGGACCCGUGCAGGCUGGCAGAGGCUCACAGAGAAGAGCAGUCGCCCGGUCAGGUGCAGAGGCGGACCAGACGUCACCGCACCAUUUUCACAGAGGAACAGCUGGACGCACUGGAAGAGCUGUUCCUGCAGAACCAGUAUCCUGAUGUGAACACGAGGGAAAAACUAGCAGAGCGCACACACUUAAGAGAAGAAAGAGUAGAGGUUUGGUUUAAAAACCGAAGAGCAAAGUGGAGGCGCCAGAAAAGACUUACAUUUACUGUGGGAAACACAGAAAACUAGAUUUUGUACUGUAUAUAUGAACUGUAUACUGUAAUGUAUAUUUGGACCACAGCUUUGUGUCCAGCAAUGUGUGUGUGUGUGUGUGUUUGUGUGUGUGUGUGUGUGUGUGUGUGUGUGUGUGUGUGUGUGUGUGUGUGUGUGUGUGUGAGAGAGAGAGAGAGAGAGAGAGAGUUACAUAAAUACAAGGAAAUUUUCUUGCUAUUAUUAUCAAAUAUUGUAGCCAGACUUUUUGUUUUAGAAAAUAAACAAACAUGGGACUUUUGUCAGUCAAACUGCGUGACUGUAGACGAUUUUGUAGCCUAUUUGAUUGUUGAGUGAAUGAUAGAAGACUGACUGUAUAUUAUGAUGUUAAUUAUGAUG